AUGUCUUCCGACAGCAACGUUUUUGUCGACCUCACGUCCUCGCCCGGUUCGUCUCCUCGUUCUGCUCCGCGCGGCUCUCUUGCCACCGUGUCGACCAUCGAGCUGGCCGAUCCUUCGUCGGACCUUGCCAGCGUGCGGGCCUCGCUUAGCGCGCUGCAGCAGUACGUUGAUCAAGUCGAGACACUGCACGAACUUUGCUCGGAUCAUGAGAACCUGCGCCGCAACUUCCUAACUACACGACUUUGCGCGAAGGAUCUGGAUCGUCAACUCGCCGACGCUGCCAAUGCUGCGUCGCCGUAUGUACUCUUCUGUCAGCGCAAAUACGACUUGGUUCGCCACCAGUUGGAAUCCACCCGGACGAAGCUCGCCGAAUGCUUGGAUGCGUUGCAAGAGCGUUUCGACAAUUCUCAUGAGCUUGAGGCUUGCCGCCUUCGGUACCGUGACUUGGAAAUCCGCUACAACGAAGUUGUGUCCGAGUUCCUAGACCGGAUCUGCACCUUGGAGGCACAGCUGGCUGCCGCCUCUUCCUUUGACGUGAUCGUUCCGCCUGAUACAGCUACGUCCCGCAAGGCCGCUCAAGCCGAGGUAACUCGUCUCGAGGCCGCGAUCGAGCAUAAGACCCGUCGCCUCCGUACCUUGCGUGACAACUACGAGCGUCGCUUGAGGGUGGCCGACACCACGAUCACAACCCAUACAACCGAGCUUGGCCGCUUGCAGGAUCGGGUAUCGACACUGGAUCGGGAUCUCCAGAAGGCUUCUCAGCGUGUUCAGGUGGCAACUUCUCAGCGCGACCAAGCUAGGGCAGCGCAUAUCGCUACCCGUGAGUGCUGUCUGCAUACCUUUUGUCGGCGUCGCACUGAUUUGUAUCUUGUGUCACAGAGGAUCGUGUCUCAGCGGCUCGAGAUACUAUCGCCCGGCUGGAAAGGCGGAUUAACCAAGUCGAGAGGUCUCAGAAGUCGCGUCAGGACCUCGAGUCCGUGCUCGCAACGCUUCAGCGGGAGAGAGACGCUCUGGCGGUUCAAAGAGAUGAAGCUCGGCCAGCUUGGCGAGCGUUUCAUGGAGGGCACCGAUCUAGGGGCUGAACGGGACCAGGCGCAGGAGAGGUUGUCCAACAUUGCAUCCUUUCUCCCUUCCGCGCCGGGCCACAAGCGAGCACGCUCUGAGGCCGAGUCUCCAGCCCAGUCUACCCGUGUCUCCAAGGCUGCUCGAUCCACUUCACAUCUCUCCCAGGCUAGCACUUCGAGUCAUGCCCCUGCGUCUGGAUCCUCGAUCGAGGUUCUGUCUGCCGUGGCUGCCGGCCAGAAGGCUAAAGGGUCGGUGUUAUCUCCUUCAUCCGCUGGUCCUCCUGAUCAUCUUCCUCGAUCUGUUCGAUGGACCGCUAAGAGUAGCAGCGGAGGCGCUUCGUCGUCCCCUGCAGCUUCUGAGGCAGGCGCGCACACUGACGGUGGCGAGAGCUCUUCCGGUGAAUACAAUUCUUCUCGCGUAUGUGAUUCCGACGCCGCGGGAAGCGAUAGUAGUUCUCCGGAGUUGAGUCGUGCCAAGAACAAGUUCGGAAUGCCAUCCGGUCCUCUAUCGGACGCUGAGCUGGCGGCCUUGCCGCCUACCACUGAUAUUCGUCAGACCAGCAUCGUGGAGAUGGACGCGGAUCUGCUGUUUCACCACUACACCAAGCCUAUGGAAUGGCUAAUCCCUCUUCGCGACCCCGUGCCUCAGUCCGGAGAAUGGCGAGACGAUCCGGUGGACGAGAACAACGUCGGGGUGGUCCCGGCACAUGUUGCGUUUUACGCUUCUUACGAAGAUGAACAUCUUCGGGCUUAUUGGGACUCCACCCACGCCUUUCCGGUGAGCAUCGCCAAGCGUCGCGCCAGUCGGUACUUGGACGCGUUCUAUACUGAUCGCAAGAAGCGUCAAUCCAGAGCUGGCGCCCGGUGGGAGUCAUUUCUUCAACGGGUGCUGAUCGGCUUGGUCCGGGGUUACUACGACCUUGACUUGUUGCUGGAUCCCUUCUUCCUGCAUUUCCCUCGACCCGGCGAGGCAGGUGCUUGGUAUCCUGGGAUCGAGUACGGUGCAGAUCCUGCCGAUCUACUGGAGGCGUUGACCAUUACGGACGGGGCCGAUCGUUGGCGCAACCACUAUCACGACGAGCCAGAAAAUCACCCGGCGCUUCGGAUCGCUCGUUUGUAUGGUAAGUUGGUGCCCUCCUCUUCCUGA